AUGGGUGGCGCAAGCAGAGAAGGUGGCAAAGUCAAGCCUCUCAAGUCCGCCAAGAAGGACAAGAAGGAACUGGACGAGGAUGAAAUUGCUUAUCGCGAGAAGCUCAAAGCCGACGCCAAGGCCAAGAAGGACAUGAUGGAAUCGGCCAAGGGCAAGAAGGGUCCGCUGAACACCGGCCAGCAGGGCAUCAAGAAGUCGGGCAAGAAAUAA